AUGCUACGUUAUGUUAAAAUAGAUGAAAAGGAAGUAAAAGUAGAAGAAUCCUUUCUUCAUAUUAUUGAGAUGAAAGGCAAAAAUGCUGAGCAAAUUACAUCAAUGAUUCUGAAACAAUUAGAACUAGACGACAUUAACAUUCAAGACUGUCGUAGACAAGCAUUUGAUAAUGCGGCAGUAAUGGCAGGUCAUCGAUCCGGUGUUCAAGUGCGCAUCACAGAAGUUAAUCCAAAGAUUGUAUUUGUGCCAUGUACCGAUCACUCUCUGAAUUUAGCAGCUGUGCAUGCAGCUUCAAUGGGUGCAGAUUCAGUUACAUUUUUUGGCACAUUGGAUCGUUUAUUUUCAUUCUUCUCAGCCUCAACUCAUCGAUGGGAUAUCUUGAUUGAGAUAACUGGGGCAACUAUCAAACGGGCUGGGGAAACAAGAUGGAGUAGUCGAGCAGAUGCAGUAAAGGUUGUACAUACAAAAUACACGGAAAUCACCGCUGCGCUAGAACGGUUGAUGGAAGAUACAGAAAACACAACUACGAAAUCUGAUGCAAGUUUAAUUCUUCAGGCGAUGCCGUCAUUUUCUUUCUUGUCAUUUCUUGGCCUUUGA